GGGGAGAAAACUGAGGAGAACCCAGAAGUGCAGUCAGUGGUCCACGCCGAUAGCCAAACCACAGAUAGAAGAAGGAGCAGUUAUCAGUGUCUUUGACCAAACCGUCCUUUCCUACAGUUGCCGGCUGUUAUCGUUUCACAACUGAAACGAUCCAAAUCUUCUCAACACAAAACCAGGGAGAUCUUUUCCACAACUCUCAAGCUAUAAAGACGACUGUUUUCUGCUCUACCAUGUCGGCCAAAGCCAUCUCGGAGCAGACAGGGAAGGAGUUCCUCUAUAAGUACAUCUGUACAUCUGCAGCUGUCCAGAACAGGUUCCGCUAUGCCAACGUGACGACUGAGACCGACUUUGACCGGCUGGCACAGGACCACCCCUGGCUGCUCACUGAGCGGCUGGUAGUGAAGCCAGACCAGCUGAUCAAGCGGCGGGGGAAGCUGGGACUGGUAGGUGUCAACCUGGACCUGAAAGGUGUCCAAGAGUGGCUGAAGACCCGCCUCAUGAGAGAGACCAUGGUGGGAAAAGCCAAGGGGAUCCUGAAGAACUUCCUCAUCGAGCCAUUUGUAGCCCACAAGCAGGAAGAGGAGUUCUAUGUGUGUAUCUACGCCACACGGGAGGGAGACUACGUGUUGUUCCACCAUGAAGGAGGGGUAGACGUGGGCGACGUGGACGCUAAGGCCAGUAAGCUGCUGGUAGGAGUGGAUGAGAAGCUGACUGAAGACGCAGUGAAGAAACAGCUCCUGACCCAUGUCGCUGCAGACAAAAAAGCGGUUCUGGCCAGCUUCAUUGUUGGUCUCUUCAACCUGUAUGAAGACCUGUACUUCACCUACCUAGAGAUCAACCCACUGGUGGUCACGAAGGAUGGCGUGUUUGUGCUGGACAUGGCAGCUAAGAUCGAUGCCACGGCUGACUACCUCUGUAAGGCCAAGUGGGGCGACGUGGAGUUCCCUCCACCCUUUGGCAGGGAGGCCUACCCUGAGGAGGCCUAUAUUGCAGACCUGGAUGCCAAGAGUGGUGCCAGUCUCAAACUCACCCUGCUCAACCCCCGCGGAAGAAUCUGGACCAUGGUGGCAGGAGGAGGGGCUUCCGUCGUCUACAGUGACACCAUCUGUGACCUGGGCGGGGUUGACGAGCUGGCCAAUUACGGGGAGUAUUCAGGAGCACCCAGCGAACAGCAGACCUAUGACUAUGCCAAGACCAUCCUGUCCCUGAUGACCCGCGAGAAACACCCCGACGGAAAAGUCCUGAUCAUCGGAGGAAGCAUUGCAAACUUCACUAACGUUGCAGCCACAUUUAAGGGCAUUGUCAGGGCCAUCAGGGACUACCAGGGCCCCAUAAAGGAGCAUGAGAUCACCAUAUUUGUCCGCCGUGGGGGCCCAAAUUACCAGGAAGGCCUCAGAGUCAUGGGUGAAGUGGGUAAGACUACUGGCAUCCCCAUCCAUGUCUUCGGCACAGAGACUCACAUGACUGCCAUUGUCGGCAUGGCGCUGGGCCACCGACCAAUACCCAAAGAGCCUCCCGUCGCCGCCCACACCGCCAACUUCCUGCUCAACUCCAGUGCCAGUUCAUCGACCCCAGCCUCCAGCAGGACAGCCUCCUUCUCUGAGAACAAGGCUGGCCCCGGGGCCUCUCCUUCCAAGAAGGCCAAGUCAGGGGCCCCUCCAGUCAAGGCGUCAACCCUCUUCAGCAAGCAGACCAAGUCCAUCGUGUGGGGCAUGCAGACGCGGGCCGUGCAGGGCAUGCUGGACUUUGACUACACCUGCUCCAGGGAGGAGCCCUCUGUGUCUGCCAUGCUCUACCCAUUCACUGGGGACCACAAGCAGAAGUUCUACUGGGGCCAUAAGGAGAUCCUGUUGCCUGUCUAUAAGAACAUGGGCGACGCCAUGAAGAAACACCCGGAGGUGGACGUGCUCAUUAACUUCGCCUCGCUCCGCUCUGCCUUCGACAGCACCAUGGAGACCAUGCAGUACCCACAGAUCCACACCAUUGCCAUCAUAGCCGAGGGCAUCCCUGAAGCCCAGACCAGGAAGAUCAUUAAGAGGGCGGACGAGAAGGGUAUCACUAUCAUCGGCCCGGCAACGGUUGGAGGGAUCAAGCCUGGCUGUUUUAAGAUCGGGAACACAGGGGGCAUGCUGGAUAACAUCCUGGCCUCUAAGCUGUACCGUCCAGGCAGUGUGGCCUACGUGUCCCGCUCUGGAGGCAUGUCCAACGAGCUCAACAACAUCAUCUCCCGCACCACCGACGGAGUCUACGAGGGAGUGGCCAUCGGAGGAGACAGAUACCCAGGCUCAAUCUACACAGACCAUGUGCUGAGGUACCAGGACACCCCAGGGGUAGAGAUGAUCGUAAUGCUGGGAGAGAUUGGCGGCACAGAGGAGUAUAAGAUCUGCCAGGGCAUCAAGUCAGGCAGGAUCACCAAGCCUGUGGUGAGCUGGUGCAUCGGGACCUGUGCCACCAUGUUCUCCUCAGAGGUCCAGUUUGGUCAUGCUGGAGCGUGUGCCAACCAGGCCUCAGAGACAGCCGUGGCCAAGAACCUGGCUCUGAAGGAGGCCGGAGCCUUCGUACCUAAGAGCUUUGACGAGCUGGGAGAUGUCAUCAAAUCAGUGUAUGACGACCUCGUGGGCAAAGGAGUCAUCGUUCCAGCUAUGGAGGUGCCCCCUCCCACAGUGCCAAUGGACUACUCAUGGGCCCGGGAGUUGGGUCUGAUCCGUAAGCCAGCCUCCUUUAUGACCAGUAUCUGUGAUGAGAGGGGCCAGGAGCUUAUCUACGCUGGAAUGCCCAUCACUGAGGUGUUCAAGUCAGAGAUGGGCCUGGGAGGAACCCUGGGACUGCUCUGGUUCCAGAGGAGGCUGCCCAGUUAUGCUUCCAAGUUCAUUGAGAUGUGUCUGAUGGUGACUGCUGACCAUGGUCCUGCCGUGUCUGGUGCCCACAACACCAUCGUCUGUGCCCGCGCUGGCAAAGACCUUAUCUCCAGCCUCACGUCUGGCCUGCUCACCAUCGGGGACCGGUUCGGAGGGGCCCUGGACGCUGCAGCCAAGCAGUUCAGCAAGGCGUUUGACAGCGGCAUGCUGCCAAUGGAGUUUGUCAAUAAGAUGAAGAAGGAGGGCAACCUGAUCAUGGGCAUCGGACACAGGGUCAAGUCGAUCAACAACCCAGACAUGCGGGUGCAGAUCCUAAAGGACUUUGUGAAGAAGAACUUCCCCUCCACCCAGCUGUUGGACUACGCCAUGGAUGUAGAGAAGAUCACCACAGCCAAGAAACCAAACCUGAUCUUGAAUGUGGACGGUUUCAUUGGAGUAGCAUUUGUGGACCUGCUCAGGAACUGUGGUGGAUUUACACGGGACGAGGCUGAUGAGUUUGUGGAGAUCGGAGCGCUGAAUGGAAUCUUUGUCCUGGGGCGGAGCAUGGGCUUCAUCGGACACUACCUGGAUCAGAAGAGGCUGAAACAGGGUCUGUACCGUCACCCGUGGGACGACAUCUCCUACGUUCUCCCUGAACACAUGUCCAUGUAACCACGGAAACCAGGCCAUGGACCCCCCCAGUUACCCCACCACCGCACCCUAACCUCCACCCCCACCUAUACUGUGUUCUGUCAGCCCCAAGUGGUGGGAGAGAAAAAAUGGGGACUGAUAUUAUUAUUGAUGUGGCUUUGCAACAGUAAUAAGGACAACCCUUUUUAAAGUGAAUACAGUUUUAGUUUUUAAAAAUCAGUUAGCUGAUCAAACAUGCUGCAGAGAAGGAGAAAAGAGCCUCAUUCAUUGGUUGACCCUUAACCCUAUAGUGUGGGGAGUGCAAUUCAUCCAAUUCAACUCUUCCCAAGAUUACCUCUAGUGGUACAGAUGAUUGUCUUCCCAUUUACUGCCAAUACUACUGCUGUUACUACUACUACUACUACUACUACUAUACUACUCCUAUGCCUAUAGUGAAGUACGUUGAGACUGUAUCUCCCACUAUCAUCUCUCUCCGUAAACCAAGCAUGUGUCUGUGUAUAACAGACUGUUCCUGUGUGUCGCUGUUCAAUUCUCUUUCUUGAGUGUGUCGGUGCCAUAUUAAAAUCAUAUGCUUUAUUUAUGUAUAGAUGUAUUAACAGUGGACUAAAUAAAUGUAAUAAGAAUGUUAUAGAUAUUAUCAGCAUUUUUGAUGUACAGUAAAUGCCCAUGAAACGGUUGUGUUUAAACCGUAAGAUAUGCCGCUGACCAAGCAGAGAAAAGCUCUUCCUGUGUCCCAACCAGGACGGUGCCCAGGAUGGCAAAGGGACCAUAGAAUGCAGCAUUAUUUAUCUGAAUGUUACUAGCUAGACCAGCUCCGUUGUGACCGGCUAUUUCUCGUAAGAUGUAUCUGUCUGUACUCUUUGUGUUGUCAUGUCAUCACAAUUUUUAAACUUUGUUUGACCUAAUGUGAUGUGAACUGAACGUGCCUCUGUAGAGAUGGGUUGUAAUAUAUUUUCAGAACUGUGACUGAGUAUAUUAAAGAUGACCUAUUGGAACACAA